CGCUUUUUGUAUACGAUAUGAUACACAUGCUAGAAAGGUGUGCGACUAGGUCUGUGCCGUGUCAUCUUUUGCUUCCGUCUCUCUCUCGCUCAAUUGCCAAUUUAAAACAACUGAUAUCCUAAGAUCAACGCGCGGAAUACACUUUAGACGUUACAUCAUGGAUUUGACAGAUACGUAUGAAGAAAGUGACAAGUUGUCCAUCAUGCCACUGGGUGCUGGCCAAGAAGUUGGGAGAUCUUGUAUACUGUUAACAUUCAAAGGGAAAAAGAUAAUUCUGGACUGUGGUAUUCAUCCUGGUUUGCGCAAUAGGGAAAGUCUACCGUUCAUAGAUGCAAUUCCAGAUAUCCAAACAACUGAUCUCAUUCUAAUCAGCCACUUUCAUCUUGACCACUGUGGUGGGCUUCCGCACUUACUUCUUAAGACUGGAGCGAAAUCAAAAUGCUAUAUGACACAUGCAACAAAGGCCAUUUAUCGUUAUCUACUUGCUGACUUCGUUCGUGUUAGUAAUUCUUCAGGUCUACCGGAUCAAUCACUUUACACUGAUCGAGAUAUUGUGGCUAGUUUGGACCACAUAGACACCAUAGAUUUUCAUCAAGAACUUGAAGUUAAUGGGAUCAAGUUUUGUGCUUAUCAUGCUGGGCAUGUACUAGGUGCAGCCAUGUUUCUAAUAGAAAUUGCCGGUGUAAAGAUUUUGUACACUGGAGAUUUCAGUAGGCAGGAAGAUAGACAUUUAAUGUGUGCUGAGAUUCCUCCAGUUCGACCGGACGUUCUUAUAACUGAAGCUACCUAUGGUAUUCACAUACACGACAAGCGUGAAGAACGAGAAGCCAGGUUUACUAGUCUCGUUCAUGAUAUUGUCACUCGUGGUGGACGUUGCUUGAUUCCGGCAUUUGCACUUGGUAGAGCUCAGGAAUUGAUGUUAAUUCUUGAUGAGUACUGGGAAAGCCAUCCAGAACUACAUGACAUACCGAUUUACUAUGCUAGUCAAUUAGCUCGAAAAUGUAUGGCAGUUUAUCAGACAUAUAUUUAUGCGAUGAAUGAAAGAAUCCGCAACCAACUUGCUAAUAACAAUCCAUUUUGUUUCCGACAUAUAUCCAAUUUGAAGAGUAUUGAGCAUUUUGAUGAUUCUGGCCCGUGUGUGGUUAUGGCCAGUCCGGGAAUGAUGCAAUCUGGUCUAAGUCGGGAGUUAUUUGAAAAUUGGUGCACAGACAAACGUAAUGGUGUAAUUAUUGCCGGAUAUUGUGUUGAGGGUACUCUGGCUAAGCAAAUUUUGUCUCUACCGGCUGAAGUACCAACAAUGUCGGGUCAGACAUUACCACUAAAAUGUUCUGUGGACUAUAUCAGUUUCUCAGCUCAUACUGAUUAUCAACAAACUAGUGCAUUUAUCAGGGAGCUGAAACCAAAUUAUGUUGUAUUGGUACACGGUGAACAGAAUGAAAUGUCAAGGUUAUGUGGUGCAUUACAACGGGAGUAUGAAGAUGAUGAAACUUGUAGAUUAGAGAUAUUUACACCUAAAAAUUGUGUUCCAGUUAACUUACGAUUCCGUGGUGAAAAGAUUGCCAAAAUUUUAGGCAGUCUUGCUCAUAGUGCUCCCAAAGAAGGUCAAACUAUUUCAGGGGUUCUUGUGAAGAAAAAUUUCGCCUACCAUAUUUUAACACCUGGAGAACUGCCCACAUACACUGAACUAGCUACGACUGUAGUGAAUCAAGUCAUUUCUAUUCCAUUUACUGGUAGUGCCAGUCUCCUAAAAUUUCACUUGGCUUUACUUGCGGGUACGGUGGAGGUUACAUCACACAAAUCUGAUAAUGUACAAUACCGUGUAUUUGAUACAAUCAAUAUUACUUGGCGGCCACAACAAAUCACUAUGGAAUGGCAAUCCAAUCCCACAAGUGACAUGUAUGCAGAUGCUGUACAGAAUGUUAUUUUACGAGCUGCUAUGCAAGGGAUGCCUCCUAGAGGUCUACCUCACCUUGUUGAACCAAGUAAAGAACAGUUUCGAUCUGCUCUUGAAGUUACCCUUCAGGAUGCAUUUGGAAUUGACUGUUUAGAAGAGGACAAAAUUGAGCCAGACGCUAAUCAUAUACUUGUACAUGUAGAUUCUCAUGUGGCUGAAGUGAAUCUAUGCGAUAUGUCUGUAUCCUGUAAAACAAAUGCGAAAUUGGAGCAUAUUCUGCAAGUUAUGGUCAACCGGUUACAUCAUUGUAUUUCAACUGUAUGAAUAUAUUAUUGCAAUCAUUGUCAAGAUAAUAAAUAGUGCGAUACCUUGAACAUUUUGUAAAUUACACAGUUUUAUACUUCCCUUUUGGUAGAAAAAAAACCUUUGUCUUCAGAGUAUAUCUUACAUAUCCACCACAGCAAUCAUAAUGCUAUUGUAUAAGCACUCACGUCUACAUUAACUAUGCCUAGCUUGGUGUAAUAUGAGUAUUCGAAUUAGUCUGAAAUGCAUAAUUACUGUUCGUAAUAGUAGCUGAGCUGGGCUUUUUUAUCAGCUUGUUUGUUUAUUGAACGGAUUUUUCACAAAUCGAUUUUUAGUAUGAACUUCUAAUCUGUUUUUCUGUUCUGUGAAGAAAACGCAUAUGGUUUACUAGUCGAUACCGCUCUUAAUGAGUUCUUCCUUUCAUAUCCAUGUGACAAGCGCGACUAAAAUGUACCAGACUUUUCAAACUUAUUGUUUGAGAACGUCAGAACCUAAUGGAAUAACCUAUCUGUGUGAGGUAUGAUGAUUUUUGCAGUGCGGUAAAAGAAGGCCAAUCAAUAAUUGGGCAUGAAAAAUUAACAACAAACCUGGAAUACACAAGUUCUAGUGGAGUGUAUUUCAAACCGUACUAUUUGAAACCUUUAGCGAAACGUGGCCCCUAAAUAUGCACAACGCGUGUUCGAGACGUUUCAACUGAUUUAAAAUCCUACCAGCUAAUUUACCUUUAUUAAUUGAAACCCUAUGGCUACCUAUGACAUUACUUAUUUGUUGAUUCAUACAUACUACAACCGAGUGUAACUUUACAGGAGUUAAUGAUUAAAUACCUAUAACCGUCACGUCAAUUAAUAUCUCAAUUUACAUACCUCCCAGCCAUCAUAAAACAAAGUACAUUAAAUAUGUUGCAUGCUGAACUGCUCUUUCCAGCCUUACAUAUAGUGCUUGCGAAAGU